AUGCCCGAGCUAAAGAAGUAUUUGGGUGAAGUCCACCUAUGGCAAUACGUCCCCAGUCUUGUCGGAUCAAUCAUUUUCACCCUUCUCUUCACCCUCGCAACAGUAGCCGUUGGAUAUAAAAUGCACAAGUCCAAAACACGCUUCUGUCUUCCCUUCUUCUUCGGCGGUGUCUGCGAAGUACUCGGCUACUUCUUCCGAGCUCUAUGCUGGAACGCCACCGACUCCCUCCCUCUCAACAUCAUGCAAGCCCUCUUUCUCCUCCUACCGCCCGUCUUCUUCGCAGCGACACUAUACAUGGUCUACUCUCGUCUGGUCAGAGCUAUAGGCGGAGAGAGCUGUUCUCUUAUCUCUGUUCGCUGGACGACUCGACUUUUUGUCCUUGGAGAUUUUCUCACGUUCAAUAUCCAGGGAAAUGGAGGUGGUCUUCUCGCCAAUGCGGAUCUUGUCCACAUUGGAAACAUCAUAGUGAUUACCGGCCUUAUCGCGCAGAUUCUACUCUUCCUCGCUUUCGUAGCCUGUUGCGUUGUCUUUCAUCGACGCUUUAGGGUUCAUUUGAGGCAUACUAGCAUCCCGGUCGCGAUCCGUUGGGAAGCAUAUCUAAACAUGCUUUACUUCACAUCAGCUUUCAUUCUUGUACGAAAUAUCUUUCGAGUCGUCGAGUUCGCUAUGGAUAAGGAAGGAUAUUUGCAGCAAAAAGAAUGGCCGACUUUUGUGUUUGACUCGGUCUUGAUGCUGUUGGUUAUGGUUGCGUUUUAUAUGAGAUAUCCUGAAAAUCUUCAGCCGCAUAUAAGGGACUCGGCGAUCGAGCUUAUGCCUAAGGAUGAGCCUCGGGCUGGAGAAGCUAGUGCUUCGAAUUAG